CCCUACUCAAACCAUCCCGUUUUCCCGCUACCCAUUUCAUAAUCACUCGACCAGCAGUGAGAGAUGGACUCUUCUCUGCUCUUCCUCUUGUCUUUUUGGGCUUUGACUGGAUCCUUCAUCUCCCAAGCAACUGCUGAAUCGACGGAGUCGUGUCCAGAGAGAAUUUUGGGAAAUGAGAGGCGACGGAGCUGCCCUAAGCCAUGCAAGCAGGACAAGGACUGUCCCAACAAACGCCAGUGUCUUUGCGAUGGACAGUGUGGGCUAAGCUGCGUGGCUCCAGGUCGCACCUGUCCCUGGCCUCUGACCCCAAGUCCCAACUCAGUUGCUCGCCUGCUUUCUCCUGCUCCUUCCUUUUCCGCCCUUCUUGAAAUCCGCUGCCAACCCAAUUUCAAGAUGACCAAUGGCCUGGAAGCAGCGAUCCGCCGUUGCCAAGGUGACCGGCAAUGGAGUGGGGAAGAUCCAGUCUGCACUGGUGCAGCAGAUGCUGCUCCUAUGGCUGCCCCCAUUUCCUGCCCAGUACCAGAGGAGACCGGAUUGACCCUCGAGGGUACUGCUGCAUUGGGCUCUCACAUCAGCUACAGCUGCCGUCCUGGAUUCGCGCUGCUUGGAAACAGAGAGAAUUUCUGUCAGGAGGACGAAACCUGGCAAUACCCUCAUCCCAUCUGUCAGAGAGUGUUUUGCCCUCCACCUAAGGAAGUAGAACAGGGUUAUCUGGUGGCUGUUCAGAAACAGGAGUAUGAAGUAGGAGAGGCCAUCUAUUACCUCUGCAAGAAGACAUUCCUGCUGGAUGGACCGAACCGUGUUAACUGCCUGCCAGAUGGUACAUGGAGCACCAUCCCAUUUUGUCGUGCUCGUUGCCCAGUCCCAGCCCAGCGCAGCCGUGUAAUACUUGCAGGGGUGAAGCUCUGGCCCUAUGAGAUCCCCGAGGGGGUGGUCACACAUGGACAGAAUGUCACCUUUUACUGCAAACACCCAGAAAAGCGCUGCAGUUUCACCGCCGAGCAGCCCUGCUUUGAUGGUCAGCUUACAGCUCCCAGCUGUUACCUUGAGCCCACUUGGCUGCAGUUUAAACUCUUCCCACACCGACUAGUUUCGGAAAUUGCGCAGUGUGAUGCCAGUAACCUCCUGUGACAUCUCGACCUCCUGACUCCAUGGCUACUAUUGUUUCUGCGCCAAGUUUCUACCAGUUAAAACAUAUGGCAGAAGCUACAUUCUGUUUGCCCCACUUUUGGCAACCGUGCAUUUCAAUUUAUUCAGUGUUAUUUCCCACUCUGAUUUCCCCAUAACAACGUGUGAAUGUACGUGUCAUAUUCUUCUCUCUCUCUUAUUUUUUGGGGGUUACUUGAGUAAUCAUUGAUUUCUUUCUCAUCUGUGGUACCUUUUGUCUGAAUGAUUGAUAUUUAAGUGUGCUGCCAAUUUUCCCACGUGUACAUUAAAGUCUGGCAUGCUGCCCUUGGAUUUUUGCACCUUCUACUUUAAGUGACGCGUGAAGCCACGUGCUUUUCAAGUGAUAAGACCUGUUCUGAAUAAAACUGUGAAAUGAGGAAUGGA